AUGUAUAUUCCAUAUCAAUGCUGUCAAAAAUCCUUCGAGGAUUACUACACCCAUCAAUCUGGAAAUGGUCUUAAUUAUUAUCAAGGUGCACCCUAUCAAAGAGGCUAUGGUUUCGGUGGUCUCUUUAAAUCUUUCUUCAGAGCUGCGGUUCCACUUUUCAAGUCGGGUGCCAAAGCGGUUGGAAAACAAAUUUUGAACAGCGGUGUAGAUGUAUUCAACGAUGUCUCACGUGGUGAAAAUCUCAAAGUGGCUGCUAAACGACGUUUGAAGGAAGCCGGCAAAAACUUGACGGAUAAAGCUGCAGUUAAAUUAAAGACCAUGAUCGGCUCCGGCAGAAGGAAUAAAAAGCGCAAACUUCCCAAGAAACAAGUCAGUGUUCAUCUCAACGCAUCCUACAUUUACGUGAAAGCGAAAAUCGUCAAAGCGGAUGGAUCCCCCAUAUCACCGAAAACCUCCAAGCCCGAUGGAUCGGAAGUUGAAGAAGUUGUAGUGCCAACCAACUUAUUUCUCCAUUCUCUGUUCUCACAAAUCGACAUCAGUUUGAAUGAACGAAAUAUUUCAUCUGCAAGCAACACUUAUCCAUAUCGUGCAUACAUUGAAACUCUGCUAAAUUAUGGAGAAGAUGCUAAGAAAAGUCAACUUACCUGUGAGAUGUUUUACAAAGAUGAACAACCUGAAGAAAUCGACCCCAAGGCUGUGAACGCUGGACCCGGAUUGAAAUCAAGAUAUGAGCUCAGUAAACACAGUAAAACAUUUGAUAUGAUCGGACAAUUACAUUGCGACUUGUUUAAUCAGAACCGUCUUUUACUGAAUUUGGUCGAUAUUAAAAUUAAAAUGACUCGAAGCAAUGCAGCGUUUUGUCUUCUAUCGUCAAAAGUGGAUGCAGCAUACAAAGUGGUAUUAGAACAUGCGUCAUUAUUUAUACGAAAAGUUCAAGUGAGUCCUGGGGUUUCACUCGGUCAUGCAAAAGCUUUGGAAAAAAGUUCUGCCAAGUAUCCCAUCGACAGAGUUUUAUGUGUGAUGCCGAAAAGAGUCGUGAUUGCCUGCGUCGAAAAUGCUGCUAUGAACGGACAUUAUUCAAAAAAUCCUUUCCUAUUUUCACAUCAUGAUGUGAAUUUCAUCUCUAUUUACGUUGACGGUCAACCCGUACCAAGUAAACCUAUGGAAUUGGAUUUUAAAAAUAAUAAUUACAUUCGUGCUUAUCACAGUUUGUUUGACGGAUUUAAUAGUGAUAAAGGCAUCUAUUUGUCUCGUGAACAAUUCGCACGAGGUACGACACUUUACAAUUUUGAUCUCUCAGCAGACUUAUGCAACGGUCCUCAUUUAAAUUUACAACAUCAAGGAAAUUUGAGAGUUGAAAUUAAAUUUAGCACAGCCAUCGAAGAAACGCUCUCGUUAUUGAUCUAUGCAGAAUUUCAAAACGUGAUUGAAAUUACAAAAUCUCGUCACGUGCUGUGUGAUUUUGCAAAUUAA